GCGAACGGAGCCCUUCACCUUCUCCUCUUCGACGAGAACGCUUCGGAUGGGCGACGGCGCAACGGCGACGAUAAACCCUAACCCUAACCCUAAUGCCAAGCCGAGGCCCUCCUCGACCGUAAACCCUAACUGGGAGAAGCUCCAAUCGCAGCUCAAAUCGCGGCGCCGGGCCCGUCAUCCCAAACCCUUCUCCGACCCCGACGCCAAAACCCUAGCCCCCAGGAUCCUAGGGAAGCGCAAUGAGAGGCCGGAGGACGAUUCGUCGUCUCCUCCUCCGGCGAUCGUCCUCGUCCCGACUUCUGAUGAUUCCAGCUUGACGAAGGUGGUGGCCAUGGAUUGCGAGAUGGUCGGGGUGAGCUCGCAGGGGAACAAGAGUGCACUUGGGAGAGUCACACUGGUCAAUUCAUACGGGAAUGUUGUAUACAAUGAGUAUGUUCGACCAGUAGAGCGUAUAGUUGACUUUCGUACAAGUAUAAGUGGGAUCCGUCCCAAACACAUGAAAAAAGCUAAAGAGUUUUGGAUUGUUCAGAAGCAAGUGGCUGAUAUAAUCCAAGGACGAAUCCUCGUGGGUCAUGCUUUGCACAAUGAUCUUAAGGUAUUAUUACUGAGCCAUCCAAAGAAGGCCAUCAGGGAUACCUCGGAGUUCGAACUUUUUCGGAGGGAGGGACGGCGAAGGGCUUUGAAGGAUCUUGCAGCUCAAAUUCUCGGUGCUAGGAUCCAACUAAAGGAGCAUUGUCCUAUUGAGGAUGCCCGAGCUGCAAUGUUUAUCUACAACAAGCACAAAAAAGAUUGGGAAAAGAGCAUGAAGUCACAGUUGCGGUUCAAGGAGAAGCACAGGAACCGGCGAAAGAAGAAAUCAAGGGGGAUGGCGAAGGUCGAUGUUUCGUCAACUCCUGCCUGAACACACAAAACAGUUUGCUGGCGAACAAAACCCUACAGAAGGAACCAACAUGUUAAAUGCAAAUCCCAGAAUUUAAGUACUCCACUAUAAUUAUCAUCAGAGUAAUAGCUUAAUUUGGGAAUUAUGAGAAACAAAUGCCUUUUCCAGAAUCUUUGUUUAGAUGAUGGCACAAAUUUUGCCCUAUUUUUACCUCGAUGAUGGCUGUUAUUUGUUUGUAGCUUUAGUGGAGAGAAUGAGUUAGAUUUGUUUAUGGUCUUGUCCUUUUUUUUGUUCUCCUUUGACGUGCGUACUUUCUGAGUGCGAUUGAAGUUCUCUGUACCGCUCUAUUCUCUGUAAGAAAGCAAAGUAUGCUUCAGUGACAUGUUGAUGCUUCAUGUUGAAAAUA